AUGAAUAGCGAUAUAAAGAAAGACUUAAUAAAUAACUUACCUUUUAAAUUUAGUGACAUAAGUUUAAACUCUUUUGAAAAGAAAGAAGAAAAAGAUAAAUAUAAAGAUUAUAUACACGAUGAAGAUGGGGGGACGACUACAUGGGGAGAUUUUUCAAGGGAUAAGAUAUUCAACGUGAAAAAAAAAGAAAAACAAACAAAACAUGAUAAUAAAGAUUAUAGUGAUGAUAAUAAUAAUAUUAAUAGUAAUAAUAAUAGUAAUAGUAAUAAUUUGUAUCAUAGUGAUAAGAAUAAAAGAUUAGUACUCUUAAAAGAAAAAUUAAAAUACAACCAUUACUAUUAUACUGAGAAACUAGCCGAAAAAGAAUGGGAAAAGAAUUAUGACAAUUUAAAAAAAAAAAGUCAAAUGUUCAAAAAAGUAUUAGAAAAAGACAAUGAACAAAAUUUCUCUAACUUGAAUAUUAUAGGAAAUGAAAAAAUAUGUAAUAUCAAAAAAAAAAAAAAAAAAAAAAAAAAAAAUUUUAAAAAGGAACAUAAUAAUAUUUUAGUUCAUGAUACUUAUACUAAAUAUUCUUCAUCACUUAAUGAUCUUAAUGAUAUAAUAAAUAAUGAACAAGAAUAUAAUUUCACAAAUUCUCUAUUUCAAUCAUUUUCUAUGGAAGAACAAAAUUUAUCUCUAUUCAAAUAUACAAAGGAAAAUAAACAAGAUAAUGAAAAUAGUGUAAACUACAUAGGAUAUGAUAAAAAAGAUGUAUCUAAAGGAAGAAUAGAUGAAAUGAUAAAAGAAGAAGAAGAAGAAGGAGAGAAAAAAAAAAAAAAAAUAAAUACCCUUGAUAUAGUAAAUAAUGUUAUUAAUAAUAAUAUAAUUUAUGAUGAUAAUGUAAAUAUUCCUUAUUUUGAAGAUGAUGAUAACAAAUCAAAUAUAUUAGAUGAUAACAAAUCAAAUAUAUUAGAUGCAAACAUGUCAAAUAUUUUUGAAGAAGAUAAAGAACUUGAUUUAUUUUCUUCAUUUAAAGAUAUAUUUAAUAAUCAUAAGAAAAAAAUAAAACUUAUAGAUUACAACAAAAUAUUGAAUAAGAGUCUUUAUGACAACGUGGAAAAUGUGGAUUCAUUAAUUGGUCAAGAGAAAAGUAAAAAAGGAAAAAACGAAGAGAGAAACUUCUCCCAAAAACAAAAAAACAAAAACAAAAAUAAAAACAAUUUUAACAAUGUGCAAAGUUUGAAUGAACAUGAUGAAAAUGUCAUGGAUAGUUAUUUUGAGAAAAAAACAUCUGAAAAUAACGUUAAGGAAAUUAUUAAAAAUAUUAAAAUGCGCUUAGGCUUUUAUUCAAAUGAAGAAAAUGAUAGUCAUGAUAUUAAGUGUUUUGAAAAUAAUGAUGAUAAUAUAAACUACAACUUUAAUUAUAAUAAUCUUGUUAAUGAGGAAGAAGAAAAACAAAAUCUUGAAAAUUUAAAAGACAAUAUUAAUAUACCAUAUACAAGUAAAAUGAUAUAUGAAUAUAAAGAAUAUUCAAAAAAAAAUGACUGUGAUUAUUUUAAUAUAUUAAAUGAUGAAAAAGACAAAACUAAAAAUAUAUCAAAUGAGAUUGAAUUAAUAAAAGAAGAAAAAAAAAAUGACGACACUUUUUUUUUUAUAUCACACAAUGAUGAUGAUAAUUUUAAUAAUGAUGAUAAUAAUUUUAAUGAUGAUAAUAAGUUUAAUGAUGAUGAUAAUUUUAAUAAUGAUGAUAAUUUUAAUAAUGGUGAUAAUUUUAAUAAUGAUGAUGAUAAUUUUAAUGAUGAUGAUAAUUUUAAUAAUGAUGAAGAUCUAUUUUCUCUAUCCAUGUCAUCAAUAACGUUUGAUAAAAGAAAAAGUAUAAAAAAUAUGGAACGUAGGAAAAGUAUUGAGCGUCUGAGUAAUAAAAAUAAAAUAACUAUUAAUGAUGAUGAAAAUAAUAAAAACAUUUUAUCAAAUAACAUAAAUGUAGAACAUAAAAAUAUAAAUAUGGAUAAUAUAUCAGAUAAAAAAAAUAUGGAAAAUGAAAAUGAUGAUCUAUAUAAAAAUGAACAAAAUAUAAAACAAGAUGUUUAUAAUAAUGAUGAAAAUGAUAUGUUUAUAGAUUCAAUGUCAUCAGAGAAUAAAAAAAAUAUAAAAGAAAAUGAGAACCUCUUAAAGAACGCUAUGAAAAAAAACAAAGAAAUGGACAAAAAAGAAAAAUCAAAUACAUGUAUUUGUAAAUAUAUUGAUAAAUAUGACAUGCAGAAUUUAAUUGAUGAAAUUAAAAAGAAAAAUAAAAGUGACGUUGAAAAUUUAAAUAAUAAUUCAUAUUCAGAAGAUGAUGAUUGUUUUUAUGAAUUAUAUAAAUUUAUAUGUAGUAAUAAUAUAGAAGGAAAUAAUGAAUCGAUUUUUGAUGAUGAAAAUAUAAAUGUAGAAAGUGUAUCUAAUAAUAUUGAUAAUUACAUGCAAUCUAUUUUUAAUAAUCAAAUUAAAUAUUUGGAUAAUUUAAUAUCUCAAAUUUUUUCUCAGUCAUAA